GCCGCGGCUUCCUUCCUCCUGACGUGAGGCGCCGCCGCCUUGAAGGGAGGGUGUCGGCUGCCGCGCCUGCCUUGCCCCAGCGUCCGAGGCGAGGCGAUGGCGAAGCACACGGUCUCCUCCGCGCGGUUCCGCCGGGUGGAUGUGGACGAGUAUGACGAGAACAAGUUCGUGGACGAGGAGGACGGGGGCGACGGGCAGGCCGGCCCCGACGAGGGCGAGGUGGACUCGUGCAUCAGGCAAGGGAACAUGAUGGCUGCGUUACAGGCAGCUCUGAAAAAUCCUCCAAUCAACACCAAGAGUCAGUCUGUAAAGGAUCGUGCAGAAAGUAUUGUCCUGAAGGUUCUCAUCUCUUUCAAAGCCAAUGAUAUUGAAAAGGCAGUACAGUCUUUGGAUAAGAAUGGAGUCGAUCUAUUAAUGAAAUACAUCUACAAGGGCUUUGAGAGCCCUUCUGACAACAGCAGUGCUGUCUUGCUGCAGUGGCAUGAAAAGGCUCUUGCAGCAGGAGGUGUAGGUUCCAUUGUCCGUGUCUUAACGGCCAGAAAAACAGUUUAAGUCCAGCAAAAGUGCCCUUCUACCAUGGAUGUGGGAAAUGCUGGUACAAAGACCAAAAUAACCAAACGCCAUCACUGCCCUGUGGGGAGCAUCUCUCUGUGGACCGGUUUGCAUGUAACGCUAAGGUGCCAUGGUGAAUAGGCCAGCGGGACUUUGCAGGAUGCACUGACCGCCAUUUUGAAUAGGCAAGCCUCCGUGGACAUGCACCAUGGCUUGUGUUGCACAGACCUGGUCAGCACGGGUUAUUCAAGGGUUAAACAACCCUGGCAUAAUCCUAGAACAACCCCCACUGCCCAGGUUCAGAUGACACAAACUGCGGCUUGAAUAUUCAAAAACUGCCUGGGGCGUGCCAUAGCCCACCAUGGCUUAAACAAGUUGUCAUGUGAACCGGAUUUCUUUCUCAGCUUGCCUUCUUGCUUUUUCAUAUCUGUGGCAUAACAUGCAUAUCAGGCAUUUUUGUUAGAUGUUGGAUAAUGAUUAAAAGUGCAAUUUUAUUUCUAAAAAGAACAUUUGGUACUUGCAGAGCAUUUCAGUGACACGUACAAGUUUUUGCACAGGGUGAUUUGCAUUUUCAGGAAAUUAUAACAAGAUGCACCCUCCUCUCUUUUCUUGGCUAGCCUUUCUGAGCAGAUGGUGGGGACUGAGGUCAAUGUUUUCAAUUCUUGAGUGGUCAGGCAGCAUUCCUUGUUAAAUGUGUUGAGACCAGGGCAGCUUAUGAGUAACAGAAACUGGAUCUUGUAUUUUCUUGUCAAAUUGUAAACCUUACAGCUGUCAGCAAGGGUAUCUAGAGUCAGUUUGCUUAUUGCUGUGUCAGUGUUCUUUAAGUAUCUCAACUUUUCUCUGCCAUCUAUAAAAUAACACCUCUAUGAAGGGAACAUGUCACUGCAUCUGUGAUGAGCGAUCAGAUGAACAAGGGGAUGCUUGGGGAACUAGGUAUGGCAGUUGUCUUUCGAUAACCAAAUAAGUGCACACUGCUUUAAAGGAGCUGCCCAUCCUACCCGACGUGGGACCACUGUCAAAAACAGCAUCACUUGGUCAAGUUGUUGCCUCCGCCUAACUAGCAGGAUCUCUUGCCCCGUGUCUUGGUGCCAUGCGUAUCUGUGCCUCCAUCACUGCCCAGAUCCCUGCUGCCGGCACAGAAACAUGGUAUGGUGGCGUGGCACAGAGCUAUCGAUUCCAUGCAUUAGGUAAGCUGUAUGGAGGGAAUGUAACAUGGGGUGCCGAUUUUGGUGUUAGCCUGUAUCACAUCUACUCGAUGGUUCCGCCAGAAGAUGCAGAGAUUUCUUGAUCAGUGUUAAUGUUCUGGGACCUAGAAGAUCUUGAUCUGUGAUCCUAAUACGGAAACAUUCCAUGUGAUACUCAAGGAGAAAGUAUUGACAGCCUUCCCCAAAACGUGUUUAUAAAAUCAAAAUGAGACUUCCUAGAAUCUAGAAGAUCUUCUGCAUUCCAGAUCUGGAAACAGCUUGAAUGCGGAUGAGUUAGGAGCAAAGCUGAUCAGUGUGUUCCGUUUAUACUUAAGGACAGUUUUGUAUUGCAAAACUGGGACAGAAUUAUGAAAUUCUUGCUCAUUUUUUAUACCUGCUUUUUUUGUAAAACAAAUCAAAUUAAAUGGUCACUGUUAAAUAUUUA